CGUUUUGAGUUGUGCUUCGCGACGGUUGGUGAUCUUACAAGUGCUCCGAACACGACCAGUGCCCGCGGUCUCUCGGUUUUGGAUUUUCAAUUUUUGGCUCUGCAUCUGUAUCUGUAUCUGUAUCUCGAUCGGUUUCAAACUGCCUGCAUCCGUGAACCUCUCUCUUCCCACCUUUCGGGCGUAAGCGAGUGAGUGUGUUUGUGAGCAAGAGUGCUAAGCUUUUUGCUCACACGUUGCCAAAGUGUGCGUGUGCUGGGGCCUUAACUUGAACUAUGGUUCGCCUGUUCGUGUGCGUCUAAUAAAUAUAUAUAUUUAAAAAUAAGUAUUUCGACAUUCCGGUCGUGGAAAUUAUGUGACACACCAGUCCAUAGAUCCCAAAACAACCACGUCCCAUUCAUACGCAACGACACAUUAUUAAAAAGCCAUCCGAGUGCCAAAAGCAACGAAGCGAGCAAUAAUUGUGAUUAAUAACAACGAAACAAACGAAUUCCGACCGCAAAUUAGCCACAUAAGGCCAGUCAAAUAGCUAUAGUUCAGCCAGGUGCAUUAUUCACGGCUCCCAAACAGUGAUUACCUCAUCUUUGCCAGCGCUCCGCCAGCAAAAUGGUAUCAAAAAGCAAUAAAAAGAAACAAGUGUCUCAGCAGCAGGCGUCGACGUCGCAGUCGCAGUCGCAGUUGUCUCAGUCACAGCCGCCAGCAACAUCGACCACAACAUCAACGUCGUCGGCGGAGGCCACGAAGCUCACCAAAAAACUGGGUCCCGAUGCGUUUGCCACUCUGACCACCAGCAACAGCUCCAGUUCCAUGCAGCACGAGUCGGUGACGUACGGUGAGCCUGUGGCCAGCACUUCGGGUGCUUCGCUGCCGGCGGCAGGAGUCAGGAGCUACAGCAGCCGGAGCCAGAGCAAGAGCAAGGCCUCCCAGUCGUCGCAUUCCUCAUACACAGAGCAAUCUCAGUCCCAGCUGCAGUCGGAACAGUACAGCAGCAAGAUCUCCCAGGAUUAUGCCAAUCAGAAGAUCAUCUCGUCGAUUGAUCUGCUCGAAAGUGAGAAGAAAGAGCCAGUAUUCUCGGUGCCCAUCGAAGUGGUGGAGAUCGUAACACCCACGCUAUCCGUCUCCGCCAGCGGGGGCAGUGUCUCGAAAAUGUUCACGUCCUCGUCGCAGCAGCAGCAGGCUAGCAGCUCCAGCAGCUCGUACUUCCAAGCCACAACCAGUUCCAGCCGGAGCGCCAACGAAACGCUGAUUGCGAGCGAGAGCGCCGAUACGGCUACCGGUAUGACAUCAUCCGGGCCGAGGAAACAGGUUGGCUUCGAUACAGACACCAAGAGAGUGACAAACACCAGCAGCAGCAGCAACAUCAGCAGCAGCAUGAGCACAAACACAAACACUAACAUCAACACAAGCACUAACAUCAACAUCAGCAGCGGCAGCAGCAAUGUGAGCGAAUCUCAGAGCGUGCCAAAGCUGCCAGCGAGCGGAACAGCUGAUGCUCCCACAUCGGUGACGUUGCAAGGCUACCCCGAACCGGUUGCCGCGUCGUCUGGCGCGACCACAACAAAGGCGACGUCAUCGACGCGACGCAACGAUAAACUGGAAGUGGCCAGCACAGACACAGCUGUUGAUAGAGCUACGUCAUUGUCUAGGUCCAGCAAAGAGGUCAGCGAGAGUUCCGUCCUCAAAAGCUCGAGCAGCAGCAAACAAUCGAAAACUUCGUCCAAGAAGGAGGUAUACGAUGUGAAGACCAAGACCUGGACGGAGUACAGCGAUGGCAGCUCCCAAGGACCCAGCAAGUCCCGACCGACCUUCGAGCGGUAUGUCAGCAAGGACACCGACGGCAGCUCCAAAGUAACGUACAAGAAGAAGAUAUACGACAAACGCAACAAUCGGUGGCGCGUGGUGGACGAACGGACGGUGGACAGUACCGCCGACACCGGCUACCCCGAAAUAGUCGAUGAUGUCAUUAACACAACAAGAACCACUUACACCACCAAGGUGUACGACACGAAGCUCGGCAAGUGGACUGUGGUGGACGAGAAGUCGUUCACUGAUACGAAAGCUUUCGUGCCCAAUGACAUUGCUCGUGAAAUCGAGAAAGAUAAUACCGAUGUUGCAAACAUAACGACUACAACGGAGGUAACAAAGAUUUUCGAUGCAAGCAUCAACGAUUGGCGUGUUUUGGACGAGAAGGUGCACACAGAUGUCAUUGAGAAGAUCGUAGAGGCUCCCAAAAAGACCAUUUACGUGGACGAAUUUGUGGAGAUUGAGAAGAACACCUCGAUAUCGGAGAACAAUGAGAACAUAACCCUGAACCUACAAGAGACAUCGAAACACAAAAAUAUUACCGAAAAUAUUUAUGAUGAAAUCGAUUAUGUGCGCACUGAUAAGCAACGCCUAGACGACUCAAGAACCCGAGGAGUUGCAAGAAACAAGUCAACAACACAUAGUGAAAGAUGCAUAUGUGAAAUCUGCACAUGCGGGCGUCAUCAUUGCUCAAGCAGUACAACGAAAUCCUCCGAAAAAACCAUUGUUCAAACCGAUGAUAACGUCGACGAAGCAUAUACUAGGAUACGUACUAAUACAUGGUCGAAAGAAGAUCGUAAAAACAUUCCCAAGCAAAACGAAGACAUUCUAGUGGACUACAUAGUUAUAAAAAAACCAGAAGACAAUUUAAGGCCAGAAGGAGACUUUAUAGUUCCACCGAAAGAGCCAUAUAAGCCGGGAGAAAAACGAGAGAAAAUUGUGCAUACCGAUAACCUUCGCACAGAGGGAGAAAUGACUUUCGUAGAGAGAGAGGAAUAUCAAUACACUGUACGCCCUGGAUAUGUAAAGCCCACAGAUAACCUUAAGCCCGAAGGCGAGUUUUAUAGUCCAGAAAAACCUAAAUACCAACCGGGAGAUCGACCUACUCAGGUUCGACACCAAGACAACCUUAGACCAGAAGGCGAGUUUUACACUCCCGAGAAACCGGGAUACACCCCAGCCGAUCGCCCACAGCAAAAGAAACCAGUGGAUAACCUUAAACCGGAAGGAGACUUUACUUCUCCGGAAAAGCCAACAUACAGACCUGCCGAAAAACCUGAAAAAAUAAUUCGAAGUGAUAACUUGCGGACUGAAGGCGAAAUGACAUUUGUGGAAAGAGAGGAAUAUCAAUUUGUGAGACGACCGGGACAAGUCAAGCCAACAGAUAACUUACGACCAGAGGGUGAAUUUUACAGUCCUGAAAAACCAAAAUAUGCUCCUGGCGAUCGUCCAUCUCAAGUACGUCCUGUUGACAAUCUAAGGCCCGAAGGCGAUUUCUAUGCUCCUGAACAACCAGGCUUUAGACCAGCAGAGAGGCCAGUUCAAACGAAACCCAAGGACAAUCUUAAACCAGAGGGGGAAUUCGUUAAGCCUGAGAAACAAGUUUACAAACCUGCCGAUAGAACUGAAAGAAUUAUUCGAACAGAUAAUCUUCGCACGGAAGGCGAAAUGUCUUUUGUUGAGAGGGAGGAAUAUCAGUAUGUGGUGCGUCCUGACCAAGUAAAACCAUCAGACAAUCUUAAACCAGAAGGAGAAUUCUACAGCCCUGAAAAACCGAAGUACAGGCCAGGCGAAAGGCCUUCUCAAGUAAGGCCGGAGGACAAUCUUAGACCAGAGGGUGAGUUCUACACACCGGAGAAGCCAGGAUUCAGGCCUGCUGAGAGACCUGUUCAGAAGAAGCCGGAGGACAAUUUGAAACCCGAGGGAGAAUUCUACAGCCCCGAGAAACCGAAGUACAAGCCAGGUGAAAGACCCUCUCAAGUCAGGCCAGAGGACAAUCUCAGACCGGAAGGUGAAUUCUACACACCGGAGAAGCCUGGAUUUAGGCCCGCUGAGAGACCCGUGCAAAAGAAGCCAGAGGACAAUCUGAAACCCGAGGGAGACUUCUACAGCCCUGAGAAAACCAAGUACAGACCUGGCGAGAGGCCUUCUCAGGUAAGACCGGAGGACAAUCUUAGACCAGAGGGUGAAUUCUACACACCGGAGAAGCCAGGGUUUAGGCCCGCUGAGAGACCCGUGCAAAAAAAGCCGGAAGACAAUCUGAAACCCGAGGGAGAAUUCUACAGCCCCGAGAAACAGAAGUACAAACCAGGUGAAAGACCUUCUCAAGUAAGGCCAGAGGACAACCUCAGACCAGAGGGUGAGUUCUACACACCGGAGAAGCCAGGUUUUAGGCCCGCUGAGACACCCGUCCAAAAGAAGCCCCAGGACAACCUUAAGCCCGAAGGAGAGUUUGUUAAGCCCGAGAAGCAAGUUUACAAACCUGCCGAGAAAACUGAACAAAUUAUUCGUAAGGAUAACCUUCGCUCAGAAGGCGAAAUGACGUUUGUUCAAAGGGAAGAAUAUCAAUAUGUGGUGCGACCUGAGCAAGUAAAACCAUUAGACAAUCUAAAACCGGAAGGAGAAUUCUACAGUCCCGAGAAACCGAAGUACAAGCCAGGUGAAAGACCUUCUCAAGUAAGGCCCGAGGACAAUCUCAGACCGGAAGGUGAGUUCUACGCACCGGAGAAGCCUGGAUUUAGGCCCGCUGAGAGACCCGUGCAAAAGAAGCCAGAGGACAAUCUGAAACCCGAGGGAGAAUUCUAUAGCCCCGAGAAACCGAAGUACAAGCCAGGUGACAGACCUUCUCAAGUAAGGCCAGAGGACAAUCUCAGACCAGAGGGUGAGUUCUACACACCGGAGAAGCCAGGAUUCAGGCCUGCUGAGAGACCAGUGCAGAAGAAGCCGGAGGACAAUCUGAAACCCGAGGGAGAAUUCUACAGCCCUGAGAAACCGAAGUACAAGCCAGGUGAAAGACCUUCUCAAGUAAGGCCCGAGGACAAUCUCAGACCGGAAGGUGAGUUCUACGCACCGGAGAAGCCUGGAUUUAGGCCCGCUGAGAGACCCGUGCAAAAGAAGCCAGAGGACAAUCUGAAACCCGAGGGAGAAUUCUAUAGCCCCGAAAAACCGAAGUACAAGCCAGGUGAAAGACCUUCUCAAGUAAGGCCAGAGGACAAUCUCAGACCAGAGGGUGAGUUCUACACACCGGAGAAGCCAGGUUUUAGGCCCGCUGAGAGACCCGUCCAAAAGAAGCCCCAGGACAACCUUAAGCCCGAAGGAGAGUUUGUUAAGCCCGAGAAGCAAGUUUACAAACCUGCCGAGAAAACUGAACAAAUUAUUCGAAAGGAUAACCUUCGCUCAGAAGGCGAAAUGACGUUUGUUCAAAGGGAAGAAUAUCAAUAUGUGGUGCGACCUGAGCAAGUAAAACCAUUAGACAAUCUAAAACCGGAAGGAGAAUUCUACAGUCCCGAGAAACCUAAGUACAAACCAGGUGAAAGACCUUCUCAAGUAAGGCCCGAGGACAAUCUAAGACCGGAAGGUGAAUUCUACACACCGGAGAAGCCUGGAUUUAGGCCCGCUGAGAGACCCGUGCAAAAGAAGCCAGAGGACAAUCUGAAACCCGAGGGAGAAUUCUACAGCCCCGAGAAACCGAAGUACAAACCAGGUGAAAGACCUUCUCAAGUAAGGCCAGAGGACAAUCUCAGACCGGAAGGUGAGUUUUACACACCGGAGAAGCCUGGAUUUAGGCCCGCUGAGAGACCCGUGCAAAAGAAGCCAGAGGACAAUCUGAAACCCGAGGGAGAAUUCUACAGCCCCGAGAAACCGAAGUACAAACCAGGUGAAAGACCUUCUCAAGUAAGGCCAGAGGACAAUCUCAGACCGGAAGGUGAGUUUUACACACCGGAGAAGCCUGGAUUUAGGCCCGCUGAGAGACCCGUGCAAAAGAAGCCAGAGGACAAUCUGAAACCGGAGGGAGAUUUCUACACCCCUGAGAAAACGAAGUACAAGCCAGGUGAGAGACCCUCUCAAGUCAGGCCAGAGGACAAUCUCAGACCAGAGGGUGAAUUCUACGCACCGGAGAAGCCAGGUUUCAGGCCCGCUGAGAGACCCGUCCAGAAGAAGCCCCAGGACAACCUUAAGCCCGAGGGCGAGUUUGUUAAGCCCGAGAAGCAAGUUUACAAACCGGCCGAGAAAACUGAGAGAAUUAUUCGAAAGGAUAAUCUUCGCUCGGAAGGAGAAAUGACGUUUGUUCAAAAAGAAGAGUAUCAAUAUGUGGUGCGACCUGACCAAGUAAAGCCAUCAGACAAUCUUAAACCGGAAGGAGAAUUCUACAGCCCCAAGAAACCGAAGUACAAGCCAGGUGAAAGACCUUCUCAAGUAAGGCCAGAGGACAAUCUCAGACCAGAGGGUGAGUUCUACACACCGGAGAAGCCAGGUUUUAGGCCCGCUGAGAGACCCGUCCAGAAGAAGCCCCAGGACAACCUUAAGCCCGAAGGCGAGUUUGUUAAGCCCGAGAAGCAAGUUUACAAACCUGCCGAGAAAACUGAAAGAAUUAUUCGAAAGGAUAACCUUCGCUCGGAGGGUGAAAUGACGUUUGUUGAAAGGGAAGAAUAUCAAUAUGUGGUGCGACCUGAGCAAGUAAAACCAUUAGACAAUCUAAAACCGGAAGGAGAAUUCUACAGUCCCGAGAAACCGAAGUACAAGCCAGGUGAGAGACCUUCUCAAGUAAGGCCAGAGGACAAUCUCAGACCGGAAGGUGAGUUCUACACACCGGAGAAGCCUGGAUUUAGGCCCGCUGAGAGACCCGUGCAAAAGAAGCCGGAGGACAAUUUGAAACCCGAGGGAGAAUUCUACAGCCCCGAGAAACCGAAAUACAAGCCAGGUGAAAGACCUUCUCAAGUAAGGCCCGAGGACAACCUCAGACCAGAGGGUGAAUUCUACGCACCGGAGAAGCCUGGAUUUAGGCCCGCUGAGAGACCCGUGCAAAAGAAGCCAGAGGACAAUUUGAAACCCGAGGGAGAAUUCUACAGCCCCGAGAAACCGAAGUACAAGCCAGGUGAAAGACCUUCUCAAGUAAGGCCAGAGGACAACCUCAGACCAGAGGGUGAAUUCUACGCACCGGAGAAGCCAGGAUUUAGGCCUGCUGAGAGACCCGUGCAGAAGAAGCCCCAGGACAACCUUAAGCCCGAAGGCGAAUUUGUAAAGCCUGAGAAACAAGUUUACAAACCUGCCGAGAAAACUGAACGAAUUAUUCGAAAGGAUAACCUUCGCUCGGAGGGCGAAAUGACGUUUGUUGAAAGGGAAGAAUAUCAAUACGUGGUACGACCUGACCAAGUAAAACCGUCAGACAAUCUAAAACCAGAAGGAGAAUUCUACAGCCCCGAGAAACCGAAGUACAAACCAGGUGAAAGACCUUCUCAAGUAAGGCCCGAGGACAAUCUCAGACCGGAAGGUGAGUUCUACACACCGGAGAAGCCUGGAUUUAGGCCCGCUGAGAGACCCGUGCAAAAGAAGCCAGAGGACAAUUUGAAACCCGAGGGAGAAUUCUACAGCCCCGAGAAACCGAAGUACAAGCCAGGUGAAAGACCUUCUCAAGUAAGGCCAGAGGACAACCUCAGACCAGAGGGUGAAUUCUACGCACCGGAGAAGCCAGGAUUUAGGCCUGCUGAGAGACCCGUGCAGAAGAAGCCCCAGGACAACCUUAAGCCCGAAGGCGAAUUUGUAAAGCCUGAGAAACAAGUUUACAAACCUGCCGAGAAAACUGAACGAAUUAUUCGAAAGGAUAACCUUCGCUCGGAGGGCGAAAUGACGUUUGUUGAAAGGGAAGAAUAUCAAUACGUGGUGCGACCUGACCAAGUAAAACCGUCAGACAAUCUAAAACCAGAAGGAGAAUUCUACAGCCCCGAGAAACCGAAGUACAAACCAGGUGAAAGACCUUCUCAAGUAAGGCCAGAGGACAACCUCAGACCAGAGGGUGAAUUCUACGCACCGGAGAAGCCUGGAUUUAGGCCCGCUGAGAGACCCGUGCAAAAGAAGCCAGAGGACAAUUUGAAACCCGAGGGAGAAUUCUACAGCCCCGAAAAACCGAAGUACAAGCCAGGUGAAAGACCUUCUCAAGUAAGGCCAGAGGACAACCUCAGACCAGAGGGUGAAUUCUACGCACCGGAGAAGCCAGGAUUUAGGCCUGCUGAGAGACCCGUGCAGAAGAAGCCCCAGGACAACCUUAAGCCCGAAGGCGAAUUUGUAAAGCCUGAGAAACAAGUUUACAAACCUGCCGAGAAAACUGAACGAAUUAUUCGAAAGGAUAACCUUCGCUCGGAGGGCGAAAUGACGUUUGUUGAAAGGGAAGAAUAUCAAUACGUGGUACGACCUGACCAAGUAAAACCGUCAGACAAUCUAAAACCAGAAGGAGAAUUCUACAGCCCCGAGAAACCGAAGUACAAACCAGGUGAAAGACCUUCUCAAGUAAGGCCAGAGGACAACCUCAGACCAGAGGGCGAAUUCUACACACCGGAGAAGCCAGGAUUCAGGCCUGCUGAGAGACCAGUGCAGAAGAAGCCGGAGGACAAUUUGAAACCCGAGGGAGAAUUCUACAGUCCCGAGAAACCGAAAUACAAGCCAGGUGAAAGACCUUCUCAAGUAAGGCCAGAGGACAACCUCAGACCAGAGGGUGAAUUCUACGCACCGGAGAAGCCAGGAUUUAGGCCUGCUGAGAGACCCGUGCAGAAGAAGCCCCAGGACAACCUUAAGCCCGAAGGCGAAUUUGUAAAGCCUGAGAAACAAGUUUACAAACCUGCUGAGAAAACUGAACGAAUUAUUCGAAAGGAUAACCUUCGCUCGGAGGGUGAAAUGACGUUUGUCGAAAGGGAAGAAUAUCAAUAUGUGGUGCGACCUGACCAAGUAAAACCGUCAGACAAUCUAAAACCAGAAGGAGAAUUCUACAGUCCCGAGAAACCGAAAUACAAGCCAGGUGAAAGACCUUCUCAAGUAAGGCCGGAGGACAAUCUUAGACCGGAGGGUGAGUUCUACACACCGGAGAAGCCAGGAUUCAGGCCUGCUGAGAGACCAGUGCAGAAGAAGCCGGAGGAUAAUCUGAAACCCGAGGGAGAAUUCUACAGUCCUGAGAAACCGAAGUACAAGCCGGGCGAAAGACCUUCUCAAGUAAGGCCGGAGGACAAUCUCAAACCAGAGGGUGAGUUCUACACACCGGAGAAGCCAGGAUUCAGGCCCGCUGAGAGACCUGUGCAGAAGAAGCCGGAGGACAACCUGAAACCCGAGGGAGAUUUCUACAGUCCUGAGAAAACCAAGUACAGGCCUGGCGAAAGGCCUUCUCAGGUUAGGCCGGAGGACAAUCUUAGACCAGAGGGUGAAUUCUACACACCGGAGAAGCCAGGAUUCAGGCCUGCUGAGAGACCAGUGCAGAAGAAGCCGGAGGACAAUUUGAAACCCGAGGGAGAAUUCUACAGCCCCGAGAAACCGAAAUACAAGCCAGGUGAAAGACCUUCUCAAGUAAGGCCAGAGGACAACCUCAGACCAGAGGGUGAAUUCUACGCACCGGAGAAGCCAGGAUUUAGGCCUGCUGAGAGACCCGUGCAGAAGAAGCCCCAGGACAACCUUAAGCCCGAAGGCGAAUUUGUACAGCCUGAGAAACAAGUUUAUAAGCCAGCCGAGAAAACUGAACGAAUUAUUCGAAAGGAUAAUCUUCGUUCGGAGGGCGAAAUGACGUUUGUUGAAAGGGAAGAAUAUCAAUAUGUGGUUCGACCUGACCAAGUAAAACCAUCCGACAAUUUGAAACCGGAAGGAGAAUUUUACAGUCCCGAGAAACAGAAGUACAAGCCAGGUGAAAGACCUUCUCAGGUUAGGCCUGAGGACAAUCUUAGACCAGAGGGCGAGUUCUACACACCGGAGAAGCCAGGAUUCAGACCAGCUGAGAGACCAGUUCAAAAAAAACCAGAUGAUAACUUAAAGCCGGAAGGAGAGUUUUACAGUCCUGAUAAGCAUCCUUACUUGCCCGGGGUACGUCCAUCCCAAGUUCGACCUGAGGAUAAUUUGAGACCAGAAGGAAAUUUCUAUGCCCCAGAAAAGGUUCAAUAUAAGCCUGCCGAUAAGGUGACAAGAGUUAUUCAUAAAGACAAUCUUCGCAGUGAAGGAGAAAUGACUUUUACUGAAAAAACUGAGUACCAGCAUGUUGUAAGGCCCACUCCAGUAAAACCAGAAGAUAACUUGAAAACCACUGGUAAGCUUUACGUACCUGAAAAGCCAACUAUUGCAAAUGGUGAACGUCCCGAGCCGGUUCGGCCUAAAGAUAAUCUGAAACCUGAAGGCGUAAUGUACACUCCCAGCAAACCGCAAUAUGAGCCUGCUUCCCGCCCUGAACAGAAGAAAUAUGCCGAUAACUUAAAACCAGAGGGUAAAAUGCACAUCCCAGAGAAAGAAGGGUACCGGCCGGCAGACAGGGUGAAGACGGUUAUUAGAAAAGACAAUUUAAGAACCGAAGGUGAAAUGACUUUCACCCAAAAGGAGGAAUACCACCAUGUAAAACGUCCAGAGCAAGUAAAACCCAAUGAUAACUUAAAAGUCGAAGGCGAAUUCUAUACACCCAACAAGACUGCCUUUAGGCCCGCUGAACGACCCAUCCAAAAGAAACCUAAGGACAACCUAAAACCGGAGGGUGAAUUCUAUAAGAGGACCGACCGAAGCGAGACCGAUAGCACGACAGUAACAGAAAUCAUUAGAAGAGAAACGCCUAAGCGUCCCGUUGACAAUUUGAAGCUAGAAGGUUCUAUGACAGUAACCAGACGAGAUGAUUAUAAAAAUACGGCUAACAAAACCAUUGAUAGAACUCAGCGUACUCAAAAAAUCAACCACAACAGUUCAUCUAUUACAUUAGGAAGUGAUACUACAAUCCGCAAAACAACAAAUCAGAUGAACUAUGUGUCCGGCAAGGAUGCCAUCAAACAAGUCGAUUCCAACAGUCAAAACCCGGUGGACGGUCUUAUUGUUGUAUCCACAACGAAGGUAACUACUGUGAUAGGAGGGCGUAACAAGAAAGAACCAGAAACCGAGUAUGUCAAGAGGCCAGCUAAGAUAAACGUUAUAGAAAAUGUUGCCAAGAAUACAACGACGACAAACAUCGAGAACACUCAAAACAUUCACAAAGAAACGACGUCGAUGCAAAGAAGCCACAACUUAGUCCAAAACGCUGCUUUGACUUCCAAAAACAUUUCAUUAGAAUCAAAUCGUAGACAUUUAUCCGAUAAUAUCACUGGCGACGUAAGCUCAGGGGUAGUGUCCGGCGAAACUAUCUCUAACACUGUAACUGGCGACUCUUCAUCAAAUCGAGUAGUUUCUGGCAGAAAUGUUACCAGCAGCGUAACGGAGGAUUCGACUUCCCGAGUUGUGUCGGGAAGAAACGUAUCUAGCAACAUAAUUGGUGAGUCAACCACCCGUAUGGUAUCUGGAAGAAAUGUUUCCAAUAACAUUACUGGUGAUACCACAAGUCGAGUGCUGUCCGGUAGUACAGCAGGGCACAACAUCAGUGACGAUUCCACAUCAAGAGUGGUGUCAGGAGGCAGAAACUCCAGCAAUAACAUUGUAACAGGAAACACAUCCUCGCAUGUGACCACUUCGAAGCACUUUCAUCACCGAAAGAGCGAGUUCUCAUCAGAAGCCGAUGUUUCGAAUACGGUCUUCCACCGCAAGAACGUAACCAGCGAUUCGAAUGCAGUCAAUGGCAGUCUGACUUCUAACGGAAAGAUGCAGCGAAAGAGCAUACUAAAUCUACACGAACAGCCCUCCAGCACCACCACCCAUGGCGGGGAGCGUCAAAGUUACAGCAGCAUCCAUCGCCAGAAUCGAGACUCUGACGCAAACUCCUCUUUCACGACCGAACGUCGAACCUGCAACGUACAUAAAGAGAACAGGGAGCACAAUGUGAAGAACUCAUCCUCAUCCUCUAUGUCCCGCAUUAUUUCUGGUGGGGCCACCGGAACUGAACUGAACAGAUCGAAUGUCGAACGGUCAACGGUGACACGCACCCAAGUUUCGGGGGGUGGCAUCGAUUUUCCCUCUCAAUCUCACUCACACUCUGGAACCCAUGCGACUCGUCAUCGAGGAAGUCAGCAUGUGUCCAGCUUGGGCGGUGGCAUCGAUUUCCCCUCCUACAGUGCUCAUGCUCACGGGCACACCGAGCGUGUGGUAACCCGCCGUGGAAAUCAGUCCUCAAUUAGUCUGGGCAACGACAAGUUUACCGGCUCCAGUUUGUACAAGAGCGAAUACAUUACUGCCCCAAAAACGACGUGUGCUGUGCAUAAGAUAAAACAAGGUGCAUUCCAACAUACCAGGAGUACUCAAGAACACAAGUUCUUCAAGACCUCAAACUAACAAAGCCACCCUACGAGUAUAUAAAUAUCUCUUGCUUUACUAACAAACAUAUCCCAUAUUAAUAAUAUUAUAAGCUUCCAUGACAAUAUAUGUUUUAUACAAUAUACAAACCAAUCCGAAAUGAAGAUUAACAAUAAAUAAAAUUUUUUGA